AAAAAAAUUGUCAAUCACUUUUGAUGCCGCUAUAGUUCACUUUUAUAUUCAACAUGUUGGAGACUUAUGAGGAAUUGACGAUUAAAAAUGUUGCCGGAUGGAUAGCCUCUGCAGCUAUGGUUUUUGGAGGCAUUAUACCAUUCGUUCCACAAUAUAAAAAAAUAAAACAAAAAGAGGAUAUCGAAGGUUUUUCACUAUACGUUUGUCUUACAUUGCUAAUUGCAAACACUUUGCGUAUACUCUUCUGGUUUGGAAGACACUUUGAAUUGCCACUAUUAAUUCAAAGUAUUCUCAUGAUAGCCACUAUGCUUUUCAUGAUCAGAAUUUGUAUUAACAUAAAGAAUAAGCAUCAACUGAUAAAACAAAAGGAUCGCAUAUUUACAGAUUUCGAAUCAAAAUUCUUUUGGAAGUGGACAGAUUUUCAAUCAUAUGUAGAUUUCAUGCUGCUUUUUGCAUUUGCUGGAGCUGUGAUGAUGUAUCUUUUGAUAGAUGUUCCAAUAUUCGUAGAAUUAAUUGGACUAUUUGCUUUAUUAACGGAAGCGAUGCUAGGGCUACCACAAUUUAUUAGAAAUUUUUCUAAUAAAUCAACGGAAGGAAUGAGUAUUGCAAUGGUAAUGAUGUGGACCAUAGGAGAUAUAUUUAAAACUUUGUAUUUUAUACAACAAAAUGCACCAGUCCAAUUUGAAUUGUGUGGAGGACUUCAAAUUCUAAUAGAUUUGGCAAUACUUUUCCAAGUACAGUUUUAUAAAAAUAAUACAGUAUUGAUAAGGCCAAUUGCUAGAAUAGAUUAAAAUUUUAUUUUAUUUACAUGGUAAAAAUAAAGAUUUUUCACAAAUAA